CUUUCGCUUGAAGACCUUCAUGCAAACGUCAUCAUGUUGCGACAAAAGCGUUACUCCAACGUGAGUGACGCGCCUUCGUGUAAUAUUUUGUCAACACGAAAGUACCGAAACUUAUAUUAAAUGUUAUUCGUGCGGAUCUACGUUUCUAUUUGAUCUCGAUGCAGUAUACCGCCAUACAUUAGCAUCUCAUGGAUCCUGUUGUUAGACGUAAAAUCCCCGGCAGUCUACGCUCGUUGCUCACGGACAUCGCACCAAGGGAGGAACAAUACCUCACAGACUGGCAUGAAACAGAGCCUGAAUCAGUUACCAAAAAUAAAAUUGAACUUCCCAAAAGAGGAACGUCUGAAACUUUACUCAUACCAGCCACUGGGACAGAUGGUGUACCCACUGAUAAAAAUGUAGCACUGAAGCCAUGUGGGCUUUGCUUAUCCAAACCAUCCUGUUACACUUGUCCCAGGUGUAACAUCCCAUACUGUGGACUGGUUUGUUACCGCAGUCCUGAUCACUCGGCAUGCUCGGAGGAGUUUUAUAAAGAGUCUGUGUUUCAAGAGCUAAAAUCUCAAGGUGUCACAGAUGAAGAGGGAAAAAGCAAAAUGCAGGAAAUAUUAUUAAGGCUCAGACAAAGUGCAGAAAACGAAGGAGGGAUGACAAAUUUGCUAAGGAACCUACAGGAGGAGACUGGAAAUAAUGUGACACAACAAGAUGCAGAAGCUUUGGAGCUGCUUUCCAGGUUGGCGGAGAUUCAGUCGGCCGGGGAUGAAGACGGCCAGGAGGCACAAGAGAUACUGACAAAACUCAAAGACAUUGAGGACGCAGAUAGGAGCGAUGAAGAGGAAGCAGAGUUAACAGAGAAGUUAGCUGGGUUGGAUAUUAACUCGCUUUCAGAGGAGGAACUCUGGUCCUUGUUAUCUGCUCAGGAAAGAGAGAAAUUUGAGGAACUGGUUAAAGGAGGAGGUAUUGGUGGGCUGGUAACCCUGUGGAGCCCUUGGUGGGAAAGGCAUGAGAGAGAUACCAAAGCACUUAUAGAGGAACUUCAUUCUGAGAAUGGUGAAAGUGUGAAUGAGAAAAAAGAUGAACAGACAAAAGCCAGAGCUGAAAAAACUAAACCAAGCAAAGUAAAAUUUGAUUUGGAAACCAAACAAGAGCUAAAUAUAAAGGAGGCGAAUAAAAAAGCUAAACAAUCAAAUACUUCAAUCCCUCCAAUAAGUGCCAAGAUUCCUCCUCUUCACACAUUGUCCUCAAACCCAUCACCUCUAGUGCAGUAUAACCUGGUCAAUGUUAUGUAUGCAUACACCUUCACGUUGUGUCUCUUCAAUGGGGACAUCUCGGAGCAGGAGAUGUUGCUGGAGUUCUGUCAGGUGGUACUAGCCAUCUCAGAAGUUUUGGGUGAAGGACGCGUCUUCAAUUCUGUCCCAGAGGCCCUUGAAGCCGGAAUAACAGCUGUGUCUACGAAUGGACACUUUGACCGCGAAGACCCCUGGGCUCCGCUGCAAGCCGUAAAAGCGGUGGCUCACGUUCUGUCUGGAGAGAACAGACAGGAUGCUGUUGGCUACUCACUGUCCGCUCUGUCCCAGCUUCGUUCUGCUUUUAGUAAGGCAAAGGCUUCUGUUCCCAAAGCAGAUGAGCGGGCGAGACGGAUGUAUUUCCAAGCAGGAAAAAAGUGUGAGUUUUUUCAGUCUUGGCUCAUGGAGAAUCCCGCAGUGGUGAGGAGACUGGCCGGAUUGGUGUGGACAAAUUAUGAGAGAAGGGAAACCGAGGGGAUUAAAUUAGAGGGAGAGAGAAAAGGUGUAGAGGAGAGACUUAAAAAAAGUAAAGGUAAAGGUGUGCUGAUAGAAGAGAUUGAGUAAGAUUGUAAUAU